GGCUUCCAGAAGCUGCUCCUCCCUCGAGAAGCCCGGCCCUCUCCGACCGCCCAGCCAGAGUCGAGUCUGGCGCUCAGCUGAGGAUUCACCGCGGCUUCCCAGGGAAGGAGUUUCUGCGAGCUUCUGUACAUCAGGAUGGUGCAGGCCAAGAGCUGGACCCUGAAGAAGCACUUUGAAGGCUUCCCUACUGACAGUAACUUCGAGUUGAGGACUACUGAACUCCCACCCUUAAAAGAUGGAGAGGUCCUGCUGGAAGCCCUUUUCCUCUCCGUGGAUCCUUACAUGAGAAUUGCAUCAAAAAGACUGAAGGAGGGUGAUAGAAUGAUGGGCGAGCAAGUGGCCAGGGUUGUGGAAAGUAAAAACCCAGCCUUCCCCACAGGAACCAUUGUAGUGGCAUUAGUAGGCUGGACAUCACAUUCCAUUUCUGACGGGAAGGGACUGAGAAAACUGCCUGCAGGGUGGCCAGACAAGUUACCACUGUCUUUGGCUUUGGGAACAGUUGGCAUGCCAGGCCUCACUGCCUACUUUGGCCUGCUUGACAUCUGUGGCGUGAAGGGUGGAGAAACAGUGAUGGUCAACGCAGCAGCAGGAGCAGUGGGCUCUGUCGUGGGGCAGAUAGCCAAGCUCAAGGGCUGCAAAGUUGUUGGUGCAGCAGGGUCCGAUGAAAAGGUUGCCUAUCUUAAGAAGCUCGGAUUCGAUGCUGCCUUUAACUACAAGACAGUAAAGUCUUUGGCAGAAGCUUUGAAAACGGCCUCUCCUGAUGGCUAUGAUUGCUAUUUUGACAAUGUAGGUGGAGAGUUUUCAAACACCGUUAUAGCGCAGAUGAAGACCUUUGGGAGAAUUGCCAUCUGUGGAGCGAUCUCUCAGUACAACCGCACUGGUGCAUGUCCCCCAGGCCCACCCCCAGAAGUCGUUAUUUACCAGCAACUCCGCAUGGAGGGGUUCAUCGUUACUCGCUGGGAAGGAGAUGUUCGCCUGAAGGCUCUGACAGACUUGAUGAAUUGGGUCUCAGAGGGUAAAAUCCAGUAUCACGAAUAUGUCCUUGAAGGAUUUGAAAAGAUGCCAGCAGCCUUCAUGGGAAUGCUGAGAGGAGAGAAUCUGGGGAAGGCGAUAGUGAAAGCAUGAAAAAGGAAUGGCACACGCGUCAUCACUAAGGAUCAGAUUCUCUUUUUAACGUUUGGUACAAACGUGUACUGUCUUAUAUCAGAAAUAACUGCAAGGGGUUUGGCCUAUCUAAUAAAAUGUACAUGUGAUUUUCUUUUUAAAUGUGUGAUAGAGAAUGAAAAUCUGACAAACAGCAGCAGGUUUGUUUCUGCCUGCUUCAGCUCCUCCAAGCUGACUGUAAGAAAUAACGGCUUUGGUGUCUGUUCUAAUGUCUUUUCUCUUGCUGUAACGAAAGCAAUUUAGAGGAGGGAAGGGUUUGCUUGCUUACACUUUCUGGUCACAGUCAGUCACUGUGAGAAACUAGGGGAGGAACUUGUAGGUAGGCCUGCUUUGGAUUCCAUUAGCAUGGCCUCUCACCAGGGAGCUCGCAGCCACGGACAUCAGCACAGACUGUGGUGGAACACUGCUUGCUAGCUAGCUCAGGCAGGCUGGUGCUCCGCUAACUUUCUCAUACAGUCCGAGAUCGUCUGCCUAGGGAAUGGCACCUCCCACAGUGGGCUUAGCCUCCUACGUCAGUUAGUGAUAAAACAGUCCUCCACAGGCCAGUCGGACUGAAGCGGUUCUUCAGUGGAGGCUCUGUACUCAGGUGAUUUCUGAGUCGUGCUGAGAUGAAAGUUAAAGCUAGCUCUGACGGUGUCCGAAAGCUCAGAGUGACCUAACUCUGUGCAGAAGCUGGUGCAUUUGAAGGCAUGAGGUUUCCACUCCAAUUGGUUACAAUGAUACUAGAAGAAAAACAAAACAAAACGAAUCCACUACACAGUGCUGGUGUCUGGAGGUCUCAGUGCCGGCCUACACUGGUAUGCUGUGUGGUAAGGCUAAUGCCACACAACAAGUCAAGGAAUCUGCCAUUCGCAACAGCUGGAACUGAGGAGUGUUAGACAGGGUAAGAGACAAACUUGUACACUGGUACUUUUUG